UUUCUUUUUAUGUUUGCGUGCUGAGAAAGCUUGGUGUUUUAUUUUGAAUCUCAUAAAUUUGAAUAAAUGAUGAAUUUCCGAGGAGCUAGGUUGUCGAUUUGUUGUUUGGAGCUGAUUUUGUGUGUUGCAUUGCAUGUUUUUCGCUUGUUUGUGCUAAAAUUUCGCGUUUGUUUACUCUUAAAAUACGGAAAUGGGGAUGGGAGUAGGGAUUUUAGAUUUUUCUCCGAUGUUUUUAUGGGUUCCACAAGCAAUUGGAAUUAUCCGUAAAAUGUGUAAAUUGCAUUGAGGGCCAGAUUUUUUUUUAUUGGUUCAUUGGCCCACAUAAGCUCAAAUGAUUUCUUUUUGAAAAAUCAUAUUCCAAAAGUUUGAGAAACUGUUUCUCUAAAUCUUGAUUGCAAGGCUCGUUGUGCAGGAGGAGUAUUAAGGUUUUCUAAUAUAUUGUUUGGUAGAAAUCUUGAUCUUGUAGGCUGGAGUUCGUUGUCAUGUGGGACCUGUGACUUAUAAUUAUGAUUUGCUCCUCAUAGGGUAAAUGAUGAGAAUUUCAAGUCCAUACGUAGUUGUUGAUAGUGAUUGGAAACUUAGUCGUUAAGCAUUGGUUCAUUAUGGUCCAUAUUUCCUAUAACAGUAAAAAAUUAAUUGCCUCUGCAAGAAAAACUAUAAUUUCACAAAACAAAUUGGCAUAUUGAAUGCCCCGAUAACAUUGUUACAUAAUAAAGUGCCAGGAUGGUUGCACAGGGCUUCACUGUUGAUCUCAAUAAGCCUCUUGUCUUCCAGGUUGGUCAUCUGGGAGAAGAAUAUGAGGAAUGGGUUCAUCAGCCUAUUGUAAGCAAGGAAGGCCCUCGAUUUUUUGAGAGUGAUUUCUGGGAGUUCCUGACUCGCACGGUUUGGUGGGCAAUUCCAGUUAUUUGGCUGCCAGUUGUAUGCUGGUGCAUCUCAAAGUCUGUGCGAAUGGGCCACACACCUUUUGAGAUGGCCUUAAUGGUGGGUUUUGGCAUUUUUGUCUGGACGUUGCUUGAAUACAGUUUACACCGUUUCCUUUUCCACAUCAAAACAAAGAGUUACUGGGGGAACACCUUACACUAUCUUCUUCAUGGCUGCCAUCAUAAGCACCCUAUGGAUGGUUUGCGGCUUGUCUUCCCUCCCGCUGCAACUGCUGUUCUGUGUGUGCUGUUCUGGAACUUGAUUCAACUUCUAGCCACUACCUCAACUGCUCCUGCUUUGUUUGGAGGUGGUCUAUUGGGAUAUGUGAUGUAUGACUGUACUCAUUACUACUUGCAUCAUGGUCAGCCUUCAAGUGGAGUAUCUAAAAAUCUCAAGAAAUAUCACUUGAAUCAUCACUUCAGGAUCCAGAAUAUGGGUUUUGGAAUUACUUCAUCACUAUGGGACAAGAUGUUUGGAACACUUCCUCCAGUGAAAGUGGUUGAAAAGAGUAGAUAAUUUAAUGUGCAGGGUCAGGGUGGGUUUUGAAGUAUCAUCAUUACUUGAUUCCCAAGCAUUCUUUCUUCUCCAAUCAAUUGAUUUAUGGUUAAUCUAAAUGAUUUCUACCAGGGUUUUAGCAUAUUCUUGAAUAUUAUGAAUAUUGUGGUGUCUUUUUCUUAUGAGAAAUCCUGUGUAAAUUUGUUUGCCCAUUUAUUGUUUUGUUGGUGAAGGGAAAAAGAAGAAGCUUCAUUUGUCUAA